UUCACCCUUUCGUCAUUUUCGUCAGAUCCAAGAGAGAGAGAGAGAAAUUAGAAAAAGAUCUUGAAACGAUGCCGUACUACACCAAAGACGAGGACGAAGUCGACGAUUUCGACGAGUUCGAUCCGACGCCGUACAGUGGAGGCUACGACAUCACCGUGAUCUACGGCCGUCCGAUCCCUCCUUGCGACGACACUUGCUACCCUCUCUCCUCCGCAGCGGAUGAAGAUUUCGAGUACGAGAGACCUGAAUUCACCUCGUACCACGAUCCUUCCGCCUACGCCGAAGAAGCUCUCAACACCGAGUACAGCAGCUACUCCCGCCCCAAGCCCCGUCCCGGUUUUCGACCCGGUUCAGCCGGAGGCGGUCACGUCCAAGGUGAGCGACCCGAUCAGAGUUACGGAUCCGGUUACGGUGGUCAGACGGAGGCUGAGUACGGUAGGAGACCUGAAUCGGGGUACGGCGGAGCGACGGAGACGGAGUAUGGCCGGAGACCUGAGCAGAGUUACGGAUCUGGUGGCUACGGUGGCAGAUCGGAGGUUGAGUCUGGUGGUUACGGUGGCAGAUCGGAGGUUGAGUCUGGUGGCUACGGUGAUAGAUCGGAGGUUGAGUCUGGUGGAUACGGUGGAAGAUCGGAGUCUGGUGGUUAUGGUGGAAGAACGGAGGUUGAGUAUGGCCGGAGACCUGAAUCUGGAUAUGGUGGGAGAUCGGAGACGGAGACCGGGUACGGAUCCGGGUAUGAGAAGAAACCGAGCUUCGGCGAGGAGAGGAGCGAGUAUGAGCGCAAGCCUAGCUAUGGAAGGUCUGAGGAUCAAGAGGAAGGAGGUUACAGGAAGCCUAGCUAUGGGAGAUCUGAGGAUCAGGUUGAGAGCUACAUAAAGCCCAGCAGCUACGGGAGGUCUGAGGAAGAGGAAGGAGGAGGCUAUAGGAAGCCUAGCUAUGGAAGGUCUGAGGAACAGGAGGAAGGGAGUUACAGGAAGCCUAGCUAUGGCCGUCGUAAUGAUGAUGAUGAUGAUGAGGAGCGCAGGAACCGUUCUGGUGAUGAUGAGGAAGGGAGCUAUGGCCGCAAGAAAUAUGGUGGCAAUGACUCUGAUGAUGAUGAGGAGAAGAAGCAGCAUCGUUACAAGCAUCACCACCACCAGAGGCGUCGUGAUGAAGACGAUGACUAAAGCCCUCACUCAGUGCUGGAAUCGAGUGCUUCUACUUAGCUUCAUAUUACUAAAUAAAAAGCUAAGUCAUAUUUAUCUUUGGAUGUUGUUGUUGUGUUUGUUUGAUUCUCUCUAGAUACAGCAGAGUCUGUGUCUGGGUUUGUUUCUGGUUCAUUAUAAGACCUUGAAUUGAUAUCGGGUCAUCAUCAUGAUGUAAACUGUUGCUACUCUGUGUUUCGUUUUUAUGUUAUGGAACUUUUCUCUUUUAUGGCU